AUGGCCCUAAAAACAGCAAACCAAAGUAGGGGUUGGGGAGGCCAAACAGCCCCCAACCCGCACUCCUCUUCCUCGUCUCGCGGGAGGAAAAUUUCCCCUCCCAACCUCCCGCCUCUGCGCCGUUGCCCGCCUCCCACCGCGAUUCCGGCCGCCGCCCGCCUCCCCUCGACCCCUGCCGGCCGCCGCGAGCUCCCCCACUCCCGGAUCCGCGCCUCCCCGCCGCCCGCCGCCCGCGUCGCGACCUUCCGAGCCGCUGCGGCCGCCCCCGAGCCGCCCUCGUCACCCGCCACCUCCCGCACCUCCCCGAGCCAGCCGCGCCGCCCCGCCUCGCCGCCAACCCCUGCCGCCCCCACCUCCGCAUGCGCCCGAGCCGAAUCGGCCGCCACCCCGCCCCGCCUCCGCCUCCGAUCGAGAUGCCGCUGCGCCUUGCCGCGCUCGUCCACCGGCUACCACGACGUGCGGCUCCGCCUCUCCGGCUGGUGGGGCACCGAGAUCACGCGCGGCGUCGAGCGGUUUUGGCUCGGGACUUUCGACUCGGAAGAACUCGCCGCCCGCGCCUACGACAUCAUGGUGUGGCGCUACGACGGCGCCGCCGGGCCACGGAACUUCUUUGACGUCGACAACCUCGCGGUGGCCGAGUUCAUGGCGCCGAAGUUCAGCGUCGUUACCCGCGCCGAGGAGCGCGCCGUUCGCCGGGAAUACAUGUGGAUGUCCAUCCGGAACCGCGAUGAGGCGGAAAUGGCCGCCUUCUGCGCGGCGCAUCCGCAACACGUCGCAGAGGAGCUCGAGUUCUACGCGCAACUGGAGGCGCAGCGAGCUGCGACGGCUGCCGCUCGUCCGUCUUCAUCCUCGGCGCCGCCUCCCACUAUCGUAGUUGACGAUAGCUCUGACGACGACGAUCCCGAUUGGAUCGAUAAGAUGGUCGCGGAGCUGGAGGCGGAGGAAGCCGCGGAGGAUGCCGCCAAGAAAGCCGCGGAGGAUGGUGACAGCUCCGAUUUUGACGAGGACUUCUGGGAUAAACCCUAUAUUUCAACGAUCCGAUGA